CUCCGCUAGCGCGUUGUGGAACACAACGCUCAUUAUUUUCCAUUCAUUAAUUAUCCGUUACAUACUGUAUAUUUUGAAUGAGUUAACCACCUUGCAAUGUUUUGAAAUGCGGGCUUUUAUUUUUAAGGUUUUGUAUUACCAUAGAGAGGUGACAUUAUCGUUAGUGCUGCUAGCAACAUAGUAGUGUACAGUAGUUGUCAGGGGAAUGGCGUGUUGUCCGUCUCAAAACAAACGCCACGAAGAUAUUUGUGGCAGAAAUGAGAGGUCGGACGCAUAUUAUUAUUUUUUUCAAUGUUAAUAGAUGAUCACUGCACCAAAAACCUUCGAAUGUAUAAAUCGCACACCUUUUGAUAUGGCUCUUUUCCCUCUAUUUUUGGAGGUACGCAGCACGGACUGCUGAAACCGCAACAUAAACAAGAACCGUUGGAUGCAGUCCUCCUGGUCAAAAAGGUACUCAGAACAACAAACCAGUGAUAAGCUUAUGGUCCAUCAUCAUAUCAGGUCAAAAAUGAUUGAACCACAGGACUGCGACGACAGUGAUGAACAUGAUGAAGCCGUUCCAUUACCAACCCUACCCCCUAUGCCACGAGAGCGGGUCCCGUUGCAGAAGAGCAACGUGUGCUCCCGCUCUUACUUCAUGGUGGUGAUGGUCUUUUUCCAUGUAUACAUCAUCAAUGUCAUUGCGCUACUCCUCUACGUGCACUACAACAACAGCCCUGGAGACGUACUGGCCAGCCCGAACAGGGACGAGGCAAGCGGUGGAAGCAAUCAUCACAAGCCCCCCGAGUUCAAUCAGCAACAGACAGAUUCUGGCUUUCAGCAGGACAUGUACCUUCCACGCCUAGAGGGCAUAAGGGUGGGCCAUGUCCAGAAGUUGUCACUGGUGCCAGGCAAUGUGCAUGAGAUGCGGACCCUGAGUCUGAAGCCCCUGCUCUUUGAGAUCCCAGGGUUCCUGUCUGAAGAGGAGUGUCGUGUGGUGGUGCAGCUGGCCGAGCUGAAGGGCCUGAUGGAGAGCCAGGUGAUGGUGCCUGAGGGACAGGAGGAGCUGACGGAGCAGCUCAACCUCAGCCCUGAGGAGAUCUUCAACCUGCUAGACCUCAACCAGGACGGACAGCUACAACUCCAGGAGAUAUUGACACAUUCACGAGUGAGGGAUGGGAUCUGGCUGACACCAGAGAAUCUGAAAGAGAUCUAUGCUGGACUGAAGGCUGACCCUGACGGUAACGGCUUGCUGAGCCUGGAGGAGUUCAGGCGUCUGGGCAGUGAUGCGUUCCAGCGUUUCUUGCAGCAGCGCGGGGUGAAGAGCAGCCAGCUGGUCAGGAACAGCAGACACACCUGGCUGUACCAGGGACAGGGGGCACACCAGGUUCUCCGAGACCUCAAGAAGAGGGUGGCCCGUCUGACCCGGCUGCCCUCUGCGUUGGUGGACCUGAGUGAGCCCCUCCAGGUGGUACGUUAUGAGCAGGGGGGCCACUACCACGCCCACCACGACAGCGGCCCUGUCUACCCUGAGACCGCCUGCACACACACGCGCCUCGCUGCCAACACCUCCACACCCUUCGAGACCUCCUGCAGGUACAUCACUGUUCUCUUCUACCUGAACUCUGUUGAGGGGGGCGGGGAGACCGCGUUCCCUGUGGCAGACAACAGGACCUAUGAGGAAGUGUCUCUGAUCCAGAACAAUGUGGAUCUAAUGGACACGAGGAAGAACUGUGAUAGGAGCAACCUGAGGGUAAAGCCUACUAAAGGGACAGCCGUGUUCUGGUACAACUACCUUUCUGACGGACAAGGCUGGGUGGGGGAGCAGGAUGAGUACUCUCUGCACGGCGGCUGUGUGGUCACCCGUGGCACUAAGUGGGUGGCCAAUAACUGGAUCAACAUCGACCCAGACUACCAGCGCCAGGCUCGCUACCAGCAGCUGGUGUCACAGCAGGGGGAAGAGGACGAGGAAGAGGACGAGGAAGAGGGGGAGCAGCCUCAGUCUCAGCCCAGCCCUGAACAACUGCAAACUGCUGACUCCCAUCAGGAACUGUAGCUGUACUGCUGUAGCCUAGAAACCGAAAAACAAUGACCUCACCCUUAGGUCCACUAAUUACACUAGUUCCAAUCUCAGAAGAGUUAUGGGUGGUCCAGACAAUGUAGUUAGUGGGCCUAGACCUCCCCUACCCCUCUUCUUCAGCCUAAAGCUACCACAAAGAUACCCCACUACCCACCUCCCCAACCUAACCUAACUUGACUCUGCCAUGCUGUGCACAACCUCCCAUGACGACACCUCUGCGGCCAGUACAUAGAGAGAUAUUUGAUAUUCAGGGACUGUGGUCACUUUGGAUUUAUGCAACUGAGAAGGGGUCUAAUGUUGUUGUUCAGAUGUCCUUGUUUGUUCACUAUUAGUUGUGUUUCCUCAGCUGAAUUUAUGCAUACUUCCAAACUUUGUUUACAUUAUAUACUUAUGCACAAUUUUACCUUCUGUGUGUCACAAAAUAUUCGUGUUACAUUUUUUUGUGAGACUGACGCUCUGAUACACACAUUGCGGAGGGGUGGGGGUCGACCAUGCUACUACUUGCAUGUACGUACCUUCGUAUGAGCUGUUAGGUUAGACUUUGUACAGGUUUUUAGUGUGUCAUGAUAAAGAUGGCCAUCGACGACUUUAUAGACUGUCAGCUGUGAUCCACGUUUUUCUUUAGCUUGGCGAUGUCUGUCAUCACCCAAAGACCCCCCCAUCCAUGUGAUGAAGCAUGUUAAAUGUUAUUUAAGUGUUGCGUAAAUUUACUUCAUUUAUUUAUUUGUUAGUUUGUUUAUUUAUUCUACAUUCUUUAUGUAUAUACAGUACCAGUCAAAAGUUUGGACACAGAUACUCAUUCAAGGGUUUUUCUUUAUUUUGACUAUUUUCUACAUUGUAGAAUAAUAGUGAAUACAUCAAAACUAUGAAAUAACACAUGGAAUCAUGUAGUAACCAAAAAAGUGUUAAACAAAUCAAAAUAUAUUUUAAAUUCUUCAAAGUAGCCACCCUUUGCCUUGAUGACAGCUUUGCACACUCUUGGCAUUCUCUCAACCAGCUUCAUGAGGUAGUCACCUGGAAUGCAUUUCAAUUAGUUGUGUUCCGACAAGGUAGGGGUGGUAUAUAGAAGAUAGCCCUAUUUGGUAAAAGACCAAGUCCAUAUUAUGGCAAGAACAGCUCAAAGAAGCAAAGAGAAACAACAAUCUAUCAUUACUUUAAGACAUGAAGGACAUUAUUUAUUACUUAUUUAUUCCAUAUUUUUCACUUUCCACGUUGUGUUGUUCACCUUGUUUGGUAUUUGUUUCAAAAUGCACUGAAUCCCUUUCCUCUGCUCUAAAUAAAGUUUACUUUAGAUUUUGAA